CGCAUCAUUUCAACAAACGUCGAGGUCAUCUGUUUGGAAACAAACCAUCGUUCUACUUCCACAGCAACCGGGCCUUUUAAUCCUUGCUUCUAUGCGCCAAUACGAGACGGCACAGGUUAUCUAUUGACCAUCCAAUAAUCACAUCGAAGGUCGUGGGAUAGCCUUGAACAGACUUUGACCUUUCAUUCUUUGAUUGCCAAUCAAAGGAAAGAAUAAAAAACCAAAGGAAUAUUGAUAUCGACUGCCAAGGCUUCCCAUGGUCUCCUAGCGCCUUUGCUUGAGGCAGAUGCACAUCAAGUUUUGUGCUAUUUUACGGAAACAACCCGUCUUUCCUUUUGGUUCGAUUUUAGGGCGACUUAACCUUCUUUGGAGCCUGCAGCCAGUUGCUGAUGCCGUCAGCUUUAGAUAUCAGACGACCCCUCCCGCUCCCGUCUCCGUUCCAAGCAACUAUCUGACAAAAUACAUCUGAACCUUGUUUGCCCACAUUUUGUUGGGCGACCUGGACAGACGUGAAGCUGCCUUUGUCUGUUCGGGUCUCGCUCGUUUUCUUUACACCGUCAGCAUGGAUUCCAACAGGGGGGACGAUGCCGCCAUCGCAUCUCAAAUCCUAUCACAAGCCUCAACAACCGAUGAAGACGGUCACACAUCAACGGCGGCGCUGGACAUGACGGAUGCCCCUUUUCAACAUGGUGAUACCGACAGCAAGUGGGAUGGUUCCCUAGAAGUCACUGCGUAUGAGAGCUCGACGCAAGCCCAGAACGGACGGACACUGCUGCCCUUCCCAUUAGCAAAGGCCGUCACAUACACGACGCAGUCGGCAAGUAGGUGUCUUCAAGUAGGAACCUCGGUGGGCUCGCUUGCUUUCAGAAUCAGUAGAUAUGCGACCCUGAGCGGAAUCAACUUGAGUCGCCACUGGGUUGAGGGUAUCAUAACCCGUGCCGGCAAGGAUGUCAUGGCCGUUAGCAGGUCAGACUUUAGUCGGGCGCAGACAGCAGGCUUUGUCGAACGCGGUUUGACCAACAUUCACACCUCCAUCACUGCCAUCGCCCUGGCUACUUCGGCAUGUUUCCAAUCAGCAGAGACGUAUGUUUCCUCUACACAUCAUCUCACGCAGUUCUAUCUGGGGUUCAUAGAUCAGCUUCUCGGCUCAACUGAGUCAUCACGCGCCAUCGCCAGUAUACUCACUUUAAUCCGUCGAGAAUUCCAAAACCCGGCGACAGGGGAAGAGGGGGAAAAAGUCGGCAUGCUCGACCUUCUUCAAGGCCUUGCUCUGAUGGUGGUACUGCAGGUAUACUGCAGAGAUAUGACCGAGAAUGAUCACCGGAAACAGGGAGUCGAUGAGGUCAUUUGGGAUGUUGUGGUUGACGUGAGCGGCGAGAGAUUCAACUUUCACCACAACAGCCUCUACGGAAUGCACAACGGGGCGUACAACAAACAUAAAAGCAAGGAAAACUCCCGUACAAUGGAUAAAAGCACCAACACGGCCGUCAUGAAUGCUAUACAAAACCACAGUGUGCAACACAGCAGCGACGAGGAUGAUGAAUUGCCCGAAGUACAUCUCAAGAACCAGAUUCUACAGAGUCUACCGGAAGAAGCAAAAGUGACAAUAAAGACCGAGACUACCACCAGCAAAACAAUCACGGUCGAGAUUAGUGGUGCAAGCCCACCUCCACUUUCGCCACCUCCAGGAGCAGAGCUGGUUGAACAGGGACCUACAAAGGCGUCCAAAUCAAAGGACGUGACCUCCCGUCGUCGGGAUAGUAUUACGGGGGAUGCAACGAGCUACCGCUACGUCUACAGGAUGGAUCGCAAUAGUCUCAGGACCACAGAUAUCCAUAGAACGGAGAGCGGCUCCGAUAACGACUCAAACAGCGAAACCUUGGGGCGGGUCGAGGCGAUCCAAGAUUCUAGCACUGAGGAUGGUAGUGACCAGGAUACUUUGGAUAUACCACCUCCUGUCCCACCUAAAGGCGAUAUGGUCUCGACUCGUUCAAAAAAGUCGCCGCCGAGUACCCGCAGUGGUACGCCUACCAAGGGAUACUUGCAGUCUACGCGAGCUACCAGCAGGUCCACACCUCCUCCUGAAUCAGCAAACCAGAAGCGCCAGAGAGCACCCCUGAACCCAAAAUCUUCAGUCACGCGUAAUGAACCGCCGCCGAAGCCUAAGCAGCCGCCACCGCCGAAGAAGGUGAGCAGCUUUCGGGCUGCUCUUAAGAAGGGGCCGGCACCAGCCCUGUCAACCUUGGUCCGCAGAGAAUCGGCAGACAGUGAUGGAUUGACUCUGAAGGCAUCUAGAAAGUCCAAGACUGCACCCGUCAGCCCCGUGUCCCCUGGUGUGUCCAGCUUCUCUCCAUUGACGCCAUCGUCGGAAUCUCCAUCUGUCCCACAAAUAGUUGUACCUGGGCGCUCUUCAUCAACAGCUCAGUCUCUAGUACCCAAGCGUGAUGCACCUCCACCUCCGAUUGUCACCAACAAUGGCAGCUCUAGUGCUGUUACCAAGACGACGCCAUCAAGAUCCGGUGGCACGCCUGAUGCUCUUCCAAGAAGCCACUCGCGCACGAGCUACUUUGCUGUUCAUGAGAGGAAGCGAGACUCGCUUGUUUCCCAAAGUGACACAUACUCAAUCCACACUGUUGAUAGUAACCGGCCAAUCAGUCCGAGUCUGAUGCGUGCUGAUGCUGCUUCUUCUUCAGGCGCCAUAGGAUUACGGCCGCAGAGUCGUGGGUCUUUGUCCAAGUCGAGAUCGGAGAAGGACAUUGCGGAUCGCAACCCACUGUCGUCUUCGUCUGGGUCGUCGCAGUCCCGAGCGAUAAACAACAAGCACCACCGAAGGUCCAGGUCUCAGAACCCCAGUAUCUGCACACUCAAAACAAGCGACUCGCAGACUUCUCUGGUGCUGUCAUCAUUUUAUUCGCGUAGCGCGUACAGCGAUAUGGAAUCUCUGAAUGGACUGCGCAGCACGGGCAUAGUUUCGGGCAUGUUCCCGGCAUGUCCCUUUGUGCGCAACAUCACGCGCUACAUGCUUUUUUCCUCGGCAUCUUACGGCGCCAACUUCUUGAAGGUGAUGGGAAUCUCUAAGCAGAUGGCUUGGUCUCAAGCGCUCAACGAUGACACGCACCACGAGCUGUCUUCGUACGCCCACCACACCCAGUCCGACACUGGAUCGAUUCUGCUAUCCUCUUUUGUUGAUCCGCAAGGUGGAUCCGACUCUACUGGUUCGACAAACACGGGCGUGCCAUUAGCACACUACAUUUCGCUCGAUAAAGAGGCGAAAGCCGUUGUCCUGGCAUGUCGAGGGACCCUGGGGUUUGAAGACGUGCUUGCGGACAUGACUUGCGACUACGAUGACCUCUUGUGGCGUGGGAGAAGCUAUAAAGUGCACAAGGGAAUCCACGCGUCAGCCCGCCGUUUGUUGUAUGGCGGCGACGGGCGUGUACUCGCGAUCCUAAAGGCUGCACUAGAGGAAUACAAAGACUAUGGGCUCGUGCUCUGCGGUCACUCUCUGGGCGGCGCCGUCACGGCUCUCCUGGGAGUGAUGCUCUCGGAGCCAAGCAGUUUGCCGACGGGUCCAGCGUUUGUUACAUCGGCCUCAUCGUUACAGUCGACAUCGUCUUCGGAGCGCACCACUAAAAACCUCUGCCUUCCGGCAGGCCGGCCAAUCCACGUGUUUGCAUACGGCCCUCCAGGAACCAUGUCAGCAUCGUUACGCAAAGCGACGCGGGGUCUCAUUACCAGCAUCGUGCACGGCGACGACAUUGUGCCUUCUCUAUCACUCGGCGUGCUUCACGACCUGCAGGCGAUCGCGAUUGCAACGAAGAACGACAAUAGUGAGGCCAAGAAGGACACAAAUGAUCGGUUGUGGACCGUUUUCCGGGCUGGAUUGGCGAGGGCCUGGCAGAGCAGCUACAGCAUCGGCGGUGCUCCGAGUGGCGAUAAUGCAUCUCCCGAUGCGGAAGAUGGGCCCUGGACGUUUGCUGCGCUCAAGAUUAUACGGUCUCAGAUGAUGAGCAUGAAGCUGCUCCCUCCUGGUGAGGUUUUCACACUGGAGAAGACGAGGGUCCACAGGCGGGAUGCAUUUGUUGCCGGAGGACCUCCUUCUAGCGAAGGUGGCGAGGGGUCACCAACAGUUGGUCCCGCCGCAACUGGAUUCUUUAUCGAUGGGACGCCAGCCACACGUAUCGUGUUGAAAUACAUCAAGUCCCCUGACGUGCGGUUUGGAGAAGUCAGGUUUACGAAGAGCAUGUUGACGGACCACAACCCGAAGCGAUACGAGGAGGCUUUGAGCUUGUUGAAGGAGGGAGUCAUGCCGCAAUGAGGUGGAAAUGUGUGGAAAUGAUAUGACCUGCUGGAUGUGAUUUUGGUUUGGAAGAAUAAUGAUAUCCCGAGUGUUUUUGAUUUGGUCACACGGAUUGGUAUUGUCUCUCUUUUCUUGCUUAGGGUUUCUACUGUUUUCUUCCUGGGUAUGGGGGCUGAGCAUUCUUGGGACUGGGGCCUAUGGAACAUAUUGACUAUGGAGGAUGAAGGUAAAGUUUGACAAAGUGUUGAUUGUUUAUGGCAACGCACACGACGAAGAAAAGGUCAUGCAUGGCAUGGGAUACGGCAAUACAUGAUAAAAAGGGCUAGGGAGAUAGAUGCCUUGAUCGUUACAGACUAGACGCAACCAAAUACUAUUGAAGUGAUUGAUAUAUAAAACA